UCGAAUCGAGUAUUGUUAUAUGGCAACAUUAAUUUGAGAAAAGACAAACUGUCAAAAUAUUUUUUGUCUAUAGUCUCUUUUUCAUCCGAUUGUCAAGAUGGGUAUCGACAUCAACCAUAAACACGACAGGAAAGUUCGGCGCACCGAAGUCAAAUCCCAGGAUGUAUACCUGAGGCUGCUUGUAAAACUGUACAGGUAUUUGGCUAGGCGUACCAAUGCUAAGUUCAACCAGAUUGUUCUGAGGCGUCUAUUCAUGAGCCGCAUCAACCGCCCGCCGCUAUCUCUGUCGCGCCUGGCACGUCACAUGAAGAAGCCCACUCGUGAGGGUCUGAUCGCCGUGGUUGUAGGAACCAUCACCAACGACACCAGACUGUACAAGGUCCCGAAGAUGACCGUCGCCGCGCUGCACGUCACGGAGAAGGCUCGCGCUCGCAUCCUCGACGCUGGUGGUGAGAUCCUGACAUUCGACCAGCUGGCUCUGCGCGCGCCCACCGGCCGCAAGACUGUGCUCAUCCAGGGACAACGCAACGCCCGUGAGGCUGUCCGCCACUUCGGACCCGCCCCCGGCGCGCCGCGGUCACACACCAAGCCCUACGUCCGCUCCAAGGGACACGAACAGGCCAAGCCCAGCCGUCGUUCUAACGUGUAAUUCUUUAAUAUAAGAGUACAGAAAA